AUGGUUGUAUUAGCCGCUGCCGUUGUCACCAAGAGUGGAAAAGCUGUUAUCUCUCGUCAGUUCCAUGAGAUGCAACGUUCUCGUAUUGAAGGUCUUUUGGCCUCUUUUCCCAAAUUAACCAGUACUGGCCAGCAACAUACAACAGUUGAAACUGAACAUGUUCGUUUUGUCUAUCAACCUUUGGAUGAAUUGUUUAUGGUUUUGAUUACCAACCGUCAGUCCAACAUUCUGCAAGAUAUCGAAUCUCUUCAUCUGUUUGCUCGUGUUGUUACUGAUCUCUGCCGCUCCUGUGAUGAAAUGAGUAUUCUUCGUAACGCUUUCGAGUUAUUAUGCGCCUUUGAUGAAAUCAUCUCGGUUGGUUACAGAGAGAAUGUCAACUUGUCUCAAGUAAAGAGUUCCAUUGAAAUGGAGAGUCAUGAAGAAAGAAUUCAGGAAAUUAUUGCCAAGAACAAGGAGCAAGAGGCCAAGGAAGAGCUCAAGAGAAGAGCUAAACAAUUCGAGAUGCAAAGAAAGGAAGCUCAAAAGCGUGGACAAGGAUUUAUGCAGGGUAACUUCAACUCUAGCAACAGCAGCAUGAUGGGAGGUUACGGUGGUGGCGGAAGUGGAUACUCUCCUUCAUCAGAAUCAAUGCCAUCUAUGAGAGAAUCACCAUCGUCUUACAGCAGACCUUCCAGCAACGCACCAUCUGCUACAUCCAAAGCAAAGGGUAUGCAAUUGGGCCGUAAACCCAAGGCUGCUGAUCUUUUCGAGGCUAUCAAGCCUGAUGUCGAGGAACCUUUAUUGAACACCGCAUCUUCUUAUCAUCAAAAGACUGCUCAAAGCAACCAAGAAAGUGUUCACAUUGAUAUCGAGGAACGUGUGUCUGUUGCUGCCAACAAGGACGGUGGAUUAGAACAAAUGGAAGUGAGAGGUGUCUUGACACUGAAAAUUGCUGAUCCCUCUAGCGCACGUAUCAGCCUUGCGCUCAGAGCCAGUGAUGAUGCUUCUAUUCAAUUCAAAACUCAUCCCAACGUAGACAAGAACGCAUGGAAAGACCAACAUAUUGUCCAAAUGAGAGAUUUAUCGCGACCCUUUCCAGCUAAUCAAAACUUGGAAGUUGUUAGAUGGAAGCUAUCUACAAGAGACGAAACAGCUGUUCCUUUGACUAUUACAUGUUGGCCAUCCCCCGCUGGAAACGGUACAUGUGAUGUCAAUGUAGAGUAUGAAUUGGAGAACGAUGAUUUAGAAUUACGAGAUGUGGUCAUCUCUAUUCCUUUACCUGCUGAACCCACUGCUGAUGUGACUCAAGCAGAUGGAUCCUACUUUGUUGAUCGUGCCAGAAGAGUACUUGAAUGGCAACUUCCUGUCAUCAACAGUUCCAACAAAUCUGGUCUUUUGGAAUGCAGUAUUCCUGGUGAUGAUGCCAACAGUUUCUUCCCUGUUGUGGUUUCAUUUAUGAGUGAAAAGUUGAUUUGCGGUGUCGAUGUCUUGAGCAUCUCCAAUGUUGAGAAUAACUCUGAAGCUCCCUACUCAAAGGAGAUUCUAAUGACUGCAGAGGAUUACGUUAUUGGAUAA